UGGACCAAAGCGCAGCGUGCUAACAACAGAAGACACUAGAAAGCUCAUCUCACACCCAGAAAACAUUAAGAACAUACUACUAAUCUACACAUUCUGUCACAAACCAAACCACAUGAAACUUUCAAGUCCUUGUGGAAAUGUCGACAUGAACAGAAAAGCCUGAUGAGCUCUUCAAAGACCGACCUGAUGCAGAACAAGACCUACCACCAGUCUGUGAUUCAUGGAGAUCCUGCUACAGAGAUUUCUGCCAAAAUAUUUGAGUGGGCUCUGCAAGGUGACUCUGUAGCGUUGGGAAAGCACUCAGCUCUGCUGGGAGUCCGUGACCAAGCCAAUGCCAGCCCUCUGCAUUACGCCACCUCACACGGGCACAUCAGCACCAUACAGCUCAUUGUGCAGUUGACUGGUCCAGAUGAACUGAAUGCCAGUGAUGAGGAGGGCAACACUCCAUUGCACUGGGCUGUGCAGAGGACCCAGAGAGAGAGCUGUGCUUGCCUGCUGGACCUGGGGGCAGACUCGAACAUCCUCAACCUCCGCCUCAUGUCUCCCCUACACCUGGCUGUCAGCCUCGGACACAACCCUCUCGUUGAGCUGUUACUGUCUCACAGCAACACCGAUGCCAACCUGAUGGGAGACCAGGGGGACACACCUCUAAUGUUGGCCUGCUCGGGUGAUAACCAUGAAGCUGUUCAUCUACUUUUUAAAUACAGAGCAAGACUAUGUCAACAGAACAAGCUGGGGCAUUAUCCAAUUCACGCAGCAGCGUUUGCAGGGGCUAAAAAAUCAAUGCUGGUGGUUCUUCAGAAAGGUGAGGAGAUGGGUUUCUCAGCUGAAACGCACAUCAACUACGUGGACAAAUCAUUCAGCACUCCUCUUCAUCUGGCCAUCCAUGGAGGAAACCUGGAGGCCAUCAAACUCUGCAUAGAACAGGGAGCAAAAAUCGAUCAACAACAGUGUGACAAAUCCACAGCCCUCCACUUUGCCUGCACCCAGGGAGCAUCCGAGGCCGUCAAACUCAUGCUAUCGGCAUAUGAUAGAGUCUGUGAUGUCAUCAAUAUCCCAGAUGGAGCUAGCCAAACUCCACUGCAUAAAGCAACAAUAUUUGACCAUGUUGGAUUGGCUGAAUACCUCAUUUCAAAGGGUGCAGACAUUAAUUCCAUUGACUGUAAGGGUCAUACGCCACUGCUUCUGGCAACAAGCUGUAGUGCAUGGAAAACAGUGGGCCUUCUUCUUACACAUGGGGCUAAUUUGAAAAUAAAAGACAAAUAUGACUGCAAUUUCCUUCACCUUGCCAUCUUGCAGCCUAAAGGUCUGAAAAACCUUCCUCCAGAAGUCUUACAGUGCAGCAAUGUGAGAGAGCUCCUGGGUGCGGAGGACAAUGAGGGUUGUACUCCCCUGCAUUACGCCUGCAGACUGGGAAUCCCAGAGUCAGUGACGAACAUGCUCGGACUCAAUGUCUCAAUAGACCAGAAGUCUAAGCAGAAGAAAUCUGCACUGCAUUACGCAGCCGAGUAUGGGAGGAUAAACACCUGCCACAGACUCCUGGAGUGGAUGACCUGCACCAGGUUGCUGAACGAGGGCGAUGAGAGGGGGAUGACUCCCCUCCACCUGGCAUCCCGAGGCGGCCAUAUUAAAGUGCUGGAGCUACUGCUGCGGAAAGGAGCUCUGUUCCACAGUGAUUCUAAAGGUUGGACCUGUCUACAUCACGCUGCAGCAGAGGGAUAUACCCAGACCAUGAUCAUACUCCUGGAAUCAAAUAUCAAACUGCUGGACAAAACAGAUGAAGACAUGAACACAGCGUUACAUCUGGCUGCCAGGGAGGGCCAUGCGGCUGCAGUGACACUGCUCCUGGGCAGAGGGGCCCAGAUGAUGCUCAACAAGAGUGAUGCCUCCUUCCUCCACGAAGCUGUUCUCAACGGCAGGAAAGACGUUGCCUUCGCUGUCAUCCACAAUGAGAGAUGUGCUGAGGCUAUGCUAUUGUUCGAAGUGAAGUCAACUAAGCGAUGUGUUGUCAUGGACAUGAUAGAGUUCCUGCCAGAGUCAUUCAAACAUCUUUUGGACACUUGUGUGAAGGAGUCAGAUGUUGACGUAAAUAGUUACAACUACUCUAUCGAGUACACUUUCAAAUGGCUCCAAGCUCCCAUUCAUAUCAUUAAGCUUGCAAAAACAGACAAAAGCUACUACUUCCAGCCUCUCACUGCUCUGAACUCCAUGGUGCAAUUUAAUCGCAUAGAGCUUCUGACCCAUCCUGUCUGCAAGAAGUAUCUAGAAAUGAAAUGGAACGCCUAUGGUAUCAAAGUGCAUCUGCUCAAUCUGGCUGUCUACUCACUUGGUCUGGGGCCUCUGACACACAUCAUUCAUACUCUGAAGCCCAUCCUCAACACUAAUGUCACCCAUACUACAUCACCAUCAUCAUCAGUAAGCAUGGUGACCACCUCCCUUGACAAGCAAGGCUAUUUUAUCACCACCUGCAUGUUCCUGAUUCUUGCCAUGAAUCUGUACACAGUUGGCAAGGAGCUGGUGCAGAUAGUUCAGCAGGGUUCAAAGUACUUCUGUGAUGUGACCAAUGCAAUGGACUGGGGUGCUGCCGUCACUUCUCUGUUGUUUGUGAUCCCUUUACUGAUGGACUUCAAGGACACAUGGCAUUGGGAGGCUGGGGUAGUGGCAGUUCUUCUAUCCUGGAUCAACUUUCUCCUCUAUUUCCAACGGUUUGAACGUGUUGGGAUCUACGUGGUGAUGUUUUUAGAGAUUGCAAAAACUCUAUUAAGCAUCAUUGUACUGUUCUUCUUCUUGCUGCUUGCAUUUGCAUUGGCUUUCUAUGCCCUGAUACAAGACCAGAACUUUGUUGACAGUGGAUCUAGCAUGCUGCUAGCAAUCAUGCAAAUAUUUGUCAUGAUGGUUGGAGAACUCAACUACCAAGAAAAUAUCCUGAAGCCAUUUCUGGAAGGGAUUCUGCCAUUCCCUUCUUUGACCUAUGCCAUUUUUGUUAUGUUCACCUUCGCUGUGCCCAUUCUCCUCAUGAACCUAAUGAUUGGCUUGGCUGUUGGUGACAUAGCAGAGGUACAGGCAAAUGCUGUGCUGAAGCAAAUGGGAAUGCAGAUUGAGCUUCACACUAGUCUAGAGGAGAAGAUGCCGUACUGGUUAAUGAAGAGGGUUGACCAGGCCUCUCUCACUGAGUACCCUAACAGAGCCUGCAGAAGAAAGAGAGAAAUGUUCUUUGCAAUGCUGGGUAUGGGGCAUGGGAGAACCCGUCUCAACCCCACUUCCCAUCCAUCUACACCUAUGGAACAGGAAAUCAGUAAACAGAAGUACAGGCUGAAGGAGAUGUCUAAUGUUAUUGAGAAGCAGCACAACCUGCUGAAGCUGAUCGUUCAGAAGAUGGAGAUCAGUUCGGAGGCGGAGGAGGAGCAUGACGGUCCUCAGCUGUUCCAGGGCUACAGGGACAAGCCCCUCCCCUCCCAGAGCAAAUGGAACCCUCUGCUGAGGGCACUGGGAGCUAGGAAGUAACAUCCAUCACAUAUAUUAUAAUGGACUGACAAGUCAACCCCUGCACAUCACCCAUUCAAUAUUUCAGCUAAACUAAUCGACAGUGUUCCUUCAGUAAUGUAUAUUACUGGAUGUAAGGGAAGACAAGUGUCAUGAUUUAAACUAAUUUCAAUUGUA